UUGGGUGUUGUAUGGAAGGCAGAGUUACUCAUUAGAUCGUUUGUCGCCUCCGUUUCAGAACGACAGAAGAAAAAAGUCCCCGACCUGUCGGAGAGCACGUCCGUGUGCCGGUUCUGCUACCAGUGGCUGAAGCCGGACAACCACCGGGUGCGUCUGCGGCCGAAGCGGCGUCCCUCCGCCCGGGAGCAGAGCGUCCUGCUCAGGAGGGCCCGGGGAAAACGCCUGAGCCUGGCGCAGAGAAACCUGCUGCUCCGCUUCCAGAGGGCGUCGUCGGGUCUGCUCAUCAGCCUCAUUGCCCCGGUCCCCUCUUUCAUCAUCCUCAUCUUUUGUGUUAUGGCGACCUGUCAUGCUUGCAGUAGGACCUCCAGACACAACGGGAUGAACCGAGACUUCAUAGCCACCUUCUCCAAGAGCCACAGCACACCGGGGAGCCUCGGCAAGUUCAAGACCCCUCAGUCGGGCAACAGGUCCAACAUGACCACGCCCAAGACCCCGGGCAAAGACAAGACUCCGGCUAACACGCCAAGAUCCUCCAUUUCUUCCAGCGUUUCGGCGUCGAGCUCGACGUCCUCCAAGUCGUCUUCCAAGUCGUCUUCCAAAACGAAAAACUGGGUCGUCCAGCGUCUCAGCAAGAUCCUCACGCGAGAGGACAGCCAGGGAAGCAAGAAGGGGGGCUUGAAAGAUUUCCUCUCCUCCCUUUGA